AUGUCGCUCACCGACUCUGAACUCGAGCUGGUCAGCUCGCAACUCCAGCGAGAGAACGACGACAUACCCGAGGAGCCCGACAUGAUCCUCUCAUCGGAUGUAGAGAAUGGGCCGACAUUCGCGCCUCCCCCACGGAUCGCUGCCCGAUUCUACAGACACGCGAACAAUCGCCGCAAGUCGUCCGCUACCUCAUCUCGCCGGAACUCCCUCUCCUCGACACACUCGCACACGUCGAACCGCUCCUUCCGAAACAGCUGCCAGAGCCACCAUAUAGCCCAGCACCUACGCCGCGCCUCCAUCCUCGAGGACCGAAAAGCAAGACUGGCAGACCGGGCUGCCCAUGCUGAGCAGGUGCGAUUGCGUGCAGCAUUGGCCAAGGCCACACCGCGCGUUUCAAACAGCGAAGAGAGAGCGUUGGCUGCACAACAAGCUCGCGAACGACAUCUGGCACAGGUGGCAGCAUCAUGCGCCGAGGAAGUUAGGAGAGCCAAGAAGAUUGCAGAAGACAUGAAAGAGCGCAAGGCUGCGGAAGAGCGACGGUACCGAACUGAGAUGGAGGAGAAACUGGCGGACGCUGAGAAGCGAAGACUCGAGUACAAACGUAACCCACGAAGACCGAGGACUGCCAGCUCGCCCUCAGCUGAUACCAAGACACCAACCGAGCGACCAGUUGUGACUUCAGAAGCUGCUGCGAAGAGAAUACAAUCUGCGUGGCGAGCCAGAACCCGGAAGAACAUUGUGGAUGCGUGGCUUAAGCUUGGGUUAUCUAUCGAGAUGGUCAGCGAAACCAGUUUCGAGGUCAUCACGGUCCUACUUGCAGACGAGAAGCUGCUAAAGACGACGGAGAAGAUGAUGACUCUGUUCGUCCUGCUGCCAGAUCCAGACCCGGUAUCUCGCAGCACAGCCGUCAGGACUUUUCUCUCUGCGUACCUCAUCCUAGGACAUCCGGCACACGUAUUCAGCCGGGAUGGUGACCAGGAGCAGGACCUCAUUACUAAAGCUAAAGACCUCAUCAUUUCGUUCGAGUCUGCCUUGACGAAACUGACAACCUUCAACUACUAUACUCCUUCCCCGACCCGAACAGAGACUGUCUUGUUAGCCCACGGUGCGUUCCUCACCGCUUUCAAUGAUUGGAAGGCCCGAGACUCGUCGGCCCUUGUCGAGACUAUGGUCGCUUCCUUUGUCAGUCUUGACGAGAUUUGGCAGAGUGUAAAGGACGCGACUGUCGACGAGGUCGCGAAUGAAUAUAGGAACGGCAUUCGGGACAACCAGGCCAUCUUACUAAGUAAGAUCAAGAAGCUGGCUGGACCUGACAAGGCCCUGAUGUUGAUCAGAAAGGCCAUCCGUGAAAGUCGAAGGUCCCGACCAAAGAAGAAGCCUGCAGGAGAGACAGUACGUCCUCGCGUUGCCAUCGACUCAACUCCAGACGCUUCCAACGCUGCCGAAACUGCAGCUGUGCAAGCCGAGGCUGCUUCGGAACUUGCAGCGUCGGGCCACGAAGGCCGUCAUGGUCCUACCACGCAAGGUCACCAGGCCCAGUCGUUGUCUAAAGUCUUUACUGUUGUACCCGACAAUCGCAUUUUGGUCCAUGAGCUUUCCAUCGACAAGGAGUAUCGGAUUGAUGCAUCGCCAACAGCUGACCUGAGAGAUGCUCUGAACCGCGAGCUUUGCAAUGCCAUGCAAAAGGGUUUCGAGGACGGCGACAGUGCAAACUGGACUGCUGCGAUGGCGGAAAACAUCCGUGGGAAGCUGCUACGCUUGCUGAAGGCUGGCAACUCGAUGCACACGCUCAUCUCUGAGACGCUGGAUCCCGAGCUCAUCAAUCGGCAGUGCAACCAGGGUCUUUUCUCUUACGGGAAGUUCUUCGGUUUCAUCGCUAAUAUCCUUCCCAAGCUUUGCGCUCCCUUCCGAGACGCACAGGUUCAGGCAUUGGCCGAGGAGCUCCAAGAGGAGGGCGAGUUACCAGAGAUGGUUGAGAAACUGUUCAAGCUUCUUCACGUCAUCGAUCUUCUGUCGUUGGAUUACUCAAACUUCCUCCUGAUGAACGCGGCACCAACGCUAAUCAAGGAGGCCACCGGUUACGAGCAGCGCAUGUUUGCCCAAGAUCUGGAAGACAGCAAAAUCACCUUGGAUCGGACUCGGAGAUGGUGGCACAGCGCGGCUGUCAAUAUGCAUACUGAGGCCGACCGACGGGAUCCUUGGAGUCAAGCGAAUCCCAUGAACCGCCCUACAGCGCAUAAAAUUUAUGCACGUGGCCUCGUCGACCUCGCAAUAGCCGCGCCGCCGCUUAGGGAGUCUGAGUUGCCGGAAACGCUCGAGCUCGAUCGCGCACGCAUAUCGCGGAUCCGCGAAGACGCCCUGCGGAUCACUACCAUCGGCGGUAUCUUGCUCACUGCUAAGAACCUCCUCAAACGCGAUGUGCGGUCACAAUGGAAGUCGGAGGCGAAUAAGAUGUGGCUAGUGCUGAAGGACGGGUACCUCAAGGACGCGGCCACUCCAGCCAAGAUAUCCUCGUUAUUGGAAUCAUCGCACAACAUGCCUCCUUCAACACGAGCUCAGCUUUCGUCCACGGUUACGCGUUUGUUGACCCAAGCUGAGUCGGGCAAGUUGUCCGAUCCUGUUCUGAAGGUUCUUUUCCAGCGCCUCAAAACGCAUAUUUUCAACCGCGUAUCAGCUAGUAGCUCUGGUGAGCGCGUCAAGGCAGCUAGUACAGCGACUGAGGGGCUGGCUGCGACUGGAUUACCAGAGUUUGUUUCGCAAGUCGCCGAGAUCUGCGAGCAGCUGGGCAAAGUUGGCGAGGUUGACCGCAAGUGUCACGGCAAGUGGUACGAGGAGAUUGCAGAAGAGAUGGACACAUUGGGUGUAGAGGGUGAGGAGUUGACCAGAUCCUCGAGCAUUGAGAGUGAAGCUGCUGGGUCGAGCUCUUCUUCGUAA